AUGCUGCUCCUCGGUCUCACAGGCUCCAUCGCCACGGGCAAAUCGACCGUCUCGUCGCUGCUCCGCCAGGCGCCCUACUCGCUCCCCAUCAUCGACGCCGACCUGAUCGCGCGCCAGGUCGUCGAGCCAGGGACCGCGGGCUACAACGCCAUCGUCUCGCACUUCCUGCCUACAACCCCCGACCUCCUCCUCCCCGCCACAGACGCCCAUGCGACACCGCGCGGCCGCCCGCUGAACCGCCCCGCGCUUGGCCGCCGCGUCUUCGGCAGCUCGCCCGACAAAGCCGCGGACCGCAAAGUGCUCAACAGCAUCGUGCACCCCGCGGUGCGGCGCGAGAUGUACAAGCAGAUGGUGUGGGCGUAUCUGCGCGGGCACUGGGCCGUGGUGCUCGACGUGCCGCUGCUGUUCGAGAGCGGGUGGGAGCGCUACUGCGGCAGCAUCGUCGUAGUCGGCGUCAGCGACCCCGCGAUCCAGAUUCAGCGGCUGCGGGCGCGCGAUGCACAUCUCACCGAGGAGGACGCGCGGAACCGCGUCAUGAGCCAGGGCGACAUCAGGGAAAAGGCCGAGCGGUGCUUGAGGCGCGGGGAGGGCAGGGGCGUCGUCGUGUGGAAUGACGGCGACAAAGCGCAUCUGGAGCGAGAGGUCAAGAGGGUCAUGGACGAUGUGCGCAGGCGCAGUCCGUGGUGGUGGGCGAAGCUGCUGUGGCUGCUGCCGCCGCUGGGGCUGGUCAGCGGGCUGUGGAGUUGGUGGAACAUGCGGAGGGUGCAGCUGAGCUGGGAAGAGGCCAAGAAGAAGGAGAAGGCCAAGUUGUGA